AUGGCAAAGUGUACGGCUUGCGGUAAAUUUUUAUCGCCGUCAGGUGCCACUAGUUGCACUACAUGUACGGGUAUAUUUCAUAAAGCUUGUGUAGCGAUACCCGAUACUGUUACUGUUGCUAAGGGCUGGGUAUGCCCGGAAUGCACGAACAAGAGAGUCAGGAAGGGAGACAAUAGCAACACGCCCGUAAAGAAUAUUUGUGAAGCCGCUGACGGUGCCAAGGUGCCACUCGCUACGCAUGCCGCACCCAUUCCAUCCGAUGCAGAGUCUGAAAUAGGUAUGAUGCGACUCGAGAUUAAGGCAUGCAUGACUGAACUCCGGGAAUACAUGAAGGAGUUUCGGUUGUCUAUGCAGAAUAUGGACGAGCGGAUGGGGGCCUUCGAUCAUAGACUGAGCGAGGUCGAACGUAGGCAGGCUCAGGCGCCGCCGGCUGCGGAUGAACUCGUGGAGUUGCGACGGACAGUGGAAAGUCUCAAGGUGGAACUAAACGGUCGAGAUCAGGACGCGCUGUUGUCUGAUCUAGAUAUAGGACACAUUCCAGAAGAGAAAGGCGUCAGUCCUGUCCAUACCGUGACCGUUUUAGCUACUAAGCUGGGUGUUUCGCUGGAGGCUCGAGAUGUCGUUUUCGCGGAGCGUGUCGGUGCGGUCGAGGCGCGUGCGGCGGGCGGCGGCGGCGCGGCGGCGCGGCCGCGGCGGCUGGUCGUGCGGCUGGCGCGCCGCGACCUGCGCGACGAGCUGCUGCGCGCUGCGCGUGUGCGCCGGAACGUCACAACGACGGACAUCGGCUUGGAGGGUGUUCCGCGGCGCAUCUAUAUCAAUGAGCGGUUGACGGGUUACAACCGUCGUCUGUUUCAUCGAGUCCGCGAAGAGUGUCGAAAACGUCAAUGGCGAUACACGUGGACCAAGAGGGGGCGGAUCUUCGCUCGACAGGACGACGGCAAGCGUGUGCACAGCUUUCGGACGGACACCGAUGUAGACUGUGUUUUUGGCAUCGAUGCCGUUUUACGCGAUGAGUGA